AUGACUGAUUUUCAAGCGCCACCUAGGCCACCAAAAGGCCCUUCCUUACUGGCAUGUCUCCAGUGCCGUCACAAGCAUCUCAAAUGCGAUGGCCGGACUCCUAUCUGUACCCGCUGUGAGCAAGCGCAAUCCCAGUGCGAAUAUACCAAGUCACGAAGAGGAUACAAAGGUCCAUCGAAAAAGCGCCGCGCCAAUUCCCCCGACAACUUUGUGGCCUCAAAUGUCGGCUUGCUCGAGAAUCCCGUGGAUUGGGGCUUGCAGGCAGCCUUCAAGUAUGCGCCAGCCAUGCCUCUGCCCUCCGUCGAAUCAACAAGUCCUGGGCUACACGAAAUGACCCCGCCCAUGAUGCCAUCUGUCCAUCCGAUGAGCGCACCGCUGACCCCGGAUUCCUCGUCGGCUGUCGGCGGAGAUGGCUACUUGCUCGAUAUCUAUUAUAAUUAUUUCCACGCUGCCCACCCAAUUCUGCCCCCACAUCGGCUCCUCGGCCGUAACUUCUACCCCGCCUACCUGGAGCAAGUGAUGAAGUUCAUUGGCGCUCACUUCACUUCGGCCGCCUCAAGUGAUCUGUACCGACCAACGGUCGUCUCAAUGGUCCGAGAUCAAGCGUCGGCAGUGGAAAAGGUGCAGGCACUGCUUCUUCUGGCGAUUGUACUUCAUUCGGAUAACGAGCGAGCCGAGGCUGGUGUUUGCUUAGCAGCUGCGGUGGACACGGCCUUCGAACUUGGCAUGCAUCAGGGCAGUUUUGCAAUCAUCGCUAGCAACGGAGAUCCUAUCCGUGCCGAGUCGCUGCGGCGUACUUGGUGGGAGCUGUUCGUCAUUGAGGGCAUGCUGACUGCCCUAGGAGUGCAACGGGAGUAUCGCACGAAUAUGGUCCCGCUCGAGGUGGCGCUUCCUUGCGAAGAGCGCAUCUAUCACGAGGGCUUGGCGCCACCACCCUCUCCAACCAUUGCGCAAUUUGACGAGCGUGUAUUCGCCGACGAGGACCGUGACUUCUCAUCGUACUGCUAUCGGAUUGAAUCGAUCCGAAUUCUUGGACGUGUGGUUGCUAUGCAGGAAAUGACCGAAGGACAGCAGGAUCUUGUUGAAGCCAUCGAUGCACGGAUUGGUAGUUGGGGCCACCACCUCCCUGAAUCGAAGGAGGAACUUCUGCGUCCUGACGGCUCGGUGGAUGAGAUUAUGUUCCAAGCGACCAUGAUCCUGAAUGGUGCAGCUAUCUACCUGAACUUCCCACGAUCCGACCUACUGUCCUCACCUGCCGUUGCCGCGGAGGUAAUUUGCGGCCACCAUGGACCAAUCAGUGUGCCUGCCUUCUCCCACAACGAGCACGCGAUGAAAGCAUCCAAGGCAGCUCGAGAACUCUCUCGGCUAGCCGCCUUCCGCCUGCCGGUCAUCAAACACACCCCGUUCUUCAUUUGCGCGCUCACCUUGAGCUCCAUCGUCCAAUUAGCCUCCUGCUCCGUCAAAGCUGGCUCGAUCCCAGACCCCAGCCGUGAUCGUCUGGCAUUAACAAUUGGAGUCUUUAAGUCAUUAGCGCGCACGUGGGCUAUUUCCCAAUCGAUCAUGCGACAGAUCAAGGCCGUUGCGCGGGAUGUGAUGGACCUGGGUCUCCGUCCGACGAUGGACUCGCUUGAUCUGACCACAGUUCUGGACAAUAGUCAAUUUUGGGUGGAUCAAGGCCCCAGCUGA